AUGGAAGCAUUGGACCUCUUCAAGUUCGGCGACUGCAACAUCGAUCCGUUGACCGAGACAUAUCAGACAGAAUUCUACAUGGACUACCUGGACCGAUGGCCUGAGUGCUGCAAUGUGGUCAAGACAAGAAAUGGCAGGGUAGCUGCUUAUCUUCUGGGUAAAAUUGAAUCUUCACCGUUCCUCUCCUCGCCUACACCCUACGAUCCUGAUACCAAUACCAACCCGAACUACCUGCCUUGGCACGCACAUAUCACAGCCCUCACAGUAGCGUCGUGGGCUCGUGGCAUCGGACUGGGCACGAAGCUUUCGGAAGCCCUGGAGUUAGUCGCAGAAGCACAAAAUUGCUGGUUCAUUGACCUCUUCGUGAGGACCGAUAAUGAGAUUGCAAUCAAGCUCUAUAAGAAGCUAGGAUACACGGUAUACAAACGCGUUGUCAACUACUACAAUGACGGCGAAGAUGCAUUUGAUAUGAGGAAGCCACUGCCGAGAGACAAAGACAAGAAGCACAUUCGUGAAAACGGUGAAGACUUCCACGUUGAUCCCAGCAAUGUGUGGUGA